GGUUGCUCCAAGUGAAUGUUUCAUUUGAUGGUUGAAUCAGACUUGGAUGCACAUCUCUGUCUCUCGUGCGCCACACUUCACAAAAGUUAUCUGAUCAACUUGUUUAGCAACAAGACAUUGUCAUUCUGGUUGUUAGUCUCCACAUUCUCCCACUAUGAAUGAAUCUCUGAUGCAUUUCCAGUUCUCCUGCAAUACAAGUCCAAGCUCAGCACCUGACCUUUACAUCAGUGUCACCAAACAGGAACCCUACCAUGUCGCCAUCCCCAUGACAGCCUUCUAUGGCAUUCUAUUUGUCUUUGGGGUCCUAUCCAAUGGGGUUAGCAUGCUUACUCUCCUCAGAGAUGCCCGCAUGAAGGUCAGUGCCAUACAGCUCUACUUGCUUAGCCUAGUUCUAUCUGACAUCCUCCAGCUACUGACAAUUCCCAUCACUGUAUACCGUUACUAUUGGGAAAGCUACCCAUGGAGACUUGGAGAACCCUUGUGCAAAGCUUACUUCAUGGUGCGCCAGAUGUACUGUGCCACAACCAGCUGGGUGAUCCUUGCAUUUACUAUUGAGCGCUAUGUGGCCAUCUGCCACACUAUGUGGUCCCUCGCUGGCCUCAGGAAGUCACGACUGCCCUGUCUUCUAGGCUGGAUUUGGCUACUGGCUCUGGGCACUUCAGUACCAUUUGCCCUUGUCUACAGGCAUGCCCGAGCCUGCAUCCUGGAUUAUGGGGCAACAUCACCUGACACAGCCUUUGUGAUGUCCACCAUGUGUGAGAUGACCGAGAAGGAACCUUCUCCCCUUUACAAGGGAGCACUGCUUCUGAGAGGCAUCCUCUGCUUCUUGGUCCCCCUUGUGUGCAUCUUCGGCCUCUACAUACUCAUCAUUGCCCAUUUCCACUACAACAGCCGCCAACGCAUGGCCAUGGGCAUCACUAGGGCUGUAACUGAAGGAGGAAGUCCACAGUGCCUCCAGAAUGGGAAGCUGCUGAUUCAGGAGAAACGGGCCCUGCGGCUUAUGGGGGCUGUGGUGGUGACUUUCUUUGUGUGCAACUUUCCAGACAUUGCAUCCUCUCUCAUGCAAGUUUAUGUGGACUCGUGGUCAGGGACUGUGCUAACGGUGUACACGGUGCUCAAAUCCUACCUGUCGCUGCCUCUGUGGUAUGUAAACAGUGCGCUGGACCCUAUCCUCUUCUGCAUCUCCUCUAAAAUGUUCCGCAAAGCAUGUUGGGAAACCGUGGAGCCUCUCAGACCCAGAUGUCUGCGUUUGCACAGACAAAGAAACCCAACGUCAGCGGUCAGCCAGAAUUCCACAGGCGCAGUUAGCACGUCAGCUUGAGCUUGAUGACUCUUAAUUGCUCCCCAUUUCAGCCAUGUCAGUAUUAAUGUUAAUGAUAAAAAACUGUAUCAUGUACACUGUCUGGAAUUAGCAUGUUGUUCCGGCUGCUACAGAAAAUGAAAAUGUUUUCUGGGUUUUAUUGAGUAUGCAUUGCUUUUAUCUUCUGUGUAGCAGCAUGUUUUUUUGUUUUGUAUUUUUUUUUUUUUAAUCUGUUUUAUCUAUAAACAGUAUACUCAGGCACACAGAUUACUGAAUACAGUGGUCAUUAAAGGAAUCAAAAAAAAAAAAAAAAAAGGAUUCCUCAGGGGUUCUUGUACUGUUAACAGCACAGAAAAUGAAAUGAUUUGCUGUCUUAACCAUGAAGAACCAUUAAGAAUUCCUCUAAAGGGAUAAAGAUGAAUUUUUUUCUCUCAUAUAAAUAGAAAUACGUGUCUCUCGUGUGAUUGCUGUUGUUUCUGUUGUUAGAAUUGAAAGAUUACUUCGGCCUGUCUUACAGUUAAAUGUGAAAAUGUAAAGAAAAAAAAUGUUUUAAUAAUGAUAUUAAGAAUGAUUUGUGAUAAUAUCGUGGAUCUAUGGACCUUACAUUGCUGGACUGUAACCUCGAACAAUUCAGCAUUGGACCUGCAUUGCCUUUUAACCACAGACAUGAAAUGUUAUGUUAUAAAUGUUCAGAUUUGUUUAAAGACCUCACUGCAAGACGAAGA